AUGCUUUGGUAUCUACAUGAUAAGAAUAUUCCAAUUAGUGAUUUAAAGUGCACAUAUAGCUUACUUGUGGAAUUCUUCAGUACAUUUCCCUCGUAUGCAUCACAAUUACAUAAGAUGAACUUCAUUGAAGGUAUACAACUUGAUGGAGCAACACGUACUGGUUUAUUGUGUCAAUUUUUAUGCACAAUGUAUGCCAGACUAUCGCAGUACUUAUUUCUUGAUUCCUCAACUAUUUGCAAUGCUGGUGGUGGUGGUUGUGGUGAUGUCAUGUCAGAACAACUCACUUAUUCAAAUGUAUUAUCUAAAUUAACUAAUUCUAUUCCAGGGGACCGUGUAUCAUGUUCGUCAUCAUCCUCUUCUACACUGAAUAGCAUAACUUCGUCUGUACUCUCUGCUGUCGGUUUAGUAUUCCAACUGACUGGAGGUAUUCCAUUGACACAAAGAGAACAAACACUUUUAAUGUCUGCGGUAUCAAAGUUUUUAGGUGAAAAAGUAGACAGGGCUUCAUUAGGCUAUCGUCUAUCACGUGGUUUGUUUAUCAGUUAG